AAAACCACCAACUUUCCGAUGAUGUUUCACCACCCACAUCGGAGGAAGUUAACAACUGAAAACAAUCAGAAUGAAUUUGAAACCGCCACCGAUUUCGAAAGCUACAUUUCAUCUUCUUCUUCUUCUUCUUCUUCAUUAAGUUCUCGUUCUUCAACAACUCCAUUAAUAAAUCACCACCACCAAAACAAGAUUUGCAGGAUUAAUAUUACCACCACACGUGAUCCGGGUCAUCAUGACCCGAAACAACUAACGGGUUCGGGUUGUUUCAGUGUCGUCUCACCCAAACCCUGGGAAAAGUUGAAGCUCUGGUUCGGUUCAGCUUCUUCCAUGGCCGCUGCUACCCCCCACUCUGUUGAUUUAUCACUCCAAUUUAGAAACAAGAAGCAGCAAAAGAGGGAGGAACUCGAAAGAGAGGUUACCGUGCUACACAAAAUGCUGGCAAAUGAACAGAAGGUGAACGAGUAUCUCGAACGAAUCCGACAUCGAAAAGACGGUUCUGCCCUUGCCAUUCCGAACUUUCUUCCAUCCAAAAUGAAGGAAAUACUAGCAGAGUUGGCAAUGGUCGAAAACGAGAUAACACGUCUCGAAAGCCAGAUCAAACACCUUCAAGACGAAAUGCAACACGAAAAGGAAUCUUAUAAUAACUACAAGGAAUAUUCUUCACCGCUCCCGCCAAACUCGAGCACCGUAAAAAAAAUAAAAAAUCCGAAUGAAAACGUCACGUUCGAGACGAAGGCCCUCCAUUUCAUAAGCAAGGCCAUCAAAGGAGACUAUCGUUUAAGUGACUUCAGCAAUACAAACGACAACUCGAACAAUGGAUUAUUAUUUUCCAAUCAAAAGGAGAACAAAUUUCAAGAAAGUCGAGGAAUAUUCCGAGAAAAAGUAUCGAAACGAAACGGCAUAUUGAAAAAUCCCUCCCCCUUGAGAGAGCCAAGGCAUUUAACUCCAAGAAGAGAUCGAAAUCUUGAAACUCCGACCGAAAUUCCACCUAGAGUUCUAUCGACCCCUUUACAUUCGGUGGAAGAAAACAUCCAAAGAUGGCCACCGAAUAAACUAUCCGAAAAUAUAAUGAAGUGUUUGGUAUUCGUUUUUGUGAGGCUUCUUCGAACUUCUAGAGUGAUGGAGUUGGAGAAAUCGGGCCCCAUUUCCCGUUCCACGAGCUUCUCUCUGAGCUUCAGGGCAACAACUGAAACGGGCCAGAACUCAAAAACGGGCCCCGUUUUUCAAAAGGAGUCACGACAGCAAGAUCCAUACGGAAUCUUCGAUUCGGAAGAUUCCGUACCUAGGGAUACCGGGCCUUACAAGAACUUGGUUAGAUUCACAUCAAGCUCAUUGGACUUGAAAUGUAUCCAAAACUCAAGCUCUGUUCCUCUCUUACAGAAAUUAAAGAUUUUAAUGGAUGGUCUGCAAAAAGUGGAUUUGAGGUUUUUGAGUCAUCAACAAAAGCUUGCAUUUUGGAUCAACAUGUACAAUGCUUGUAUCAUGCAUGGAUAUCUUCAAUAUGGGAUUCCAACAGUUUUUAGCCCUGACAACCUGCUAUCACUAAUCAAGAAGUCAACUCUCAACAUAGCCGGAAACACAAUCGACGCUGACUCAAUCGAGCAUUUCAUCUUGAGAAAGCCACAAGAUUCGUUAAUUCUGAACGAAGAAGAAGAUAGUAAUAAACAAAUCAUGAUUCACGAGCUAUACGGACUCAACACACCCGAUCCAAACAUCGCAUUCGCCUUAUGCUGCGGCACUCGUUCUUCACCAGCAGUUAAAAUAUAUACAGGUGAUGGGGUGGUGAGUGAACUAGAGAAAUCGAAGCUGGAAUAUUUGCAAGCUGCUAUAAUGGUGAAAACCUCGAAAAAAAUUGCAGUUCCCGAGCUUCUGCUUAGGAACAUGGCUGAUUUUGCCGCCGCCGACAGAGAGGCCGCGGUGGUGGAGUGGCUGAGCCACCAGCUUCCCACCGCGGGCUCUUUGAGGAAAUCAAUUGUGGACUGUUGCAGGGGAAUUCACGGUGGUAAGGCAUCGGCACACGUGGACAAGAUACCUUAUGAAUUUGAAUUUCAGUAUUUGUUGGCAAUAUAAAUUAAAUUAUUUAUAAUCGAGUCUAUGUACAAUAUUCUUUUUGUGGCUAUAUGAAUGAAUAAUAUGAAAUAAAAACAUAAUUUUAAUUCUUAAAUCA